AUGUCUGUGUGGGCGUACUGGCAUCGUGGUGUGACUCUGCGUGUGUAACGGGUGCCUGGCAGUGACAUGGUGCCUGUGUGGGCGUGAAGCUGUAGGGUGGGGGGUACCACCAACCCCACACACACACCCCCUCGCCCCCAUUGGCAGCUCUCCUCUUGCCCACCCACACUGUGCCAUGGGCAGAGCCCCUUAUUUAAUGCCGCACAGCAGCCAGCACCCCAGUGCCUCACCUCCCGGCUGAGCCUGCACUGAAGAGCCAUUGGCACAGCCUGUAGCCGCUGCCAACCUCAGCCGCUGCCAACCUCAGCCACUGCCCACCUCGCCACUGCUGCCCACCUCACCUCGCCACAUCUCCAGCUCUACAGCAACCAGCAGAGGGUUAUUGUGCCCACAGCUCCACACUGGGCGACACCGGAGGGCUCAGCAGGUCUGUGCCCCCUCCAGCACCCGCCUCGGGGACUUUCCGAGGCUCCAGCUCUUGGCCCGGUUCUGGGCUCGCCCCGGGCCAGCGGCUCGGGGUGGCCCCGGGACCCUGCCGCUCCCCCGUUGACCGCCGUCCCCAGGCCGCCCCCUCUCCGGAGGAUGAGGAGCCGCCCGGUGCUGGCCGCGCUGCUCGUCCUGGCGCUGCCGCUCGUCUUCGCACGCCGCCCUCCCGCCGCCGCCCUGCCGGGCGCCGCUUCGCCCCCCGCACAGAGGAUGCCCGUCCCGGAGCCGCUGCCUUGGAGAGCCCCCGGUAACCCUGGGGCCGCCUACGCCGCCGUGCUGCAGCUGCUGCGGGAGGAGGACGCCGGUCCCCCCGCGGCUCCGCAGAAGCGUAAGUCCCGCCCGGUGCCGUUGUCGGUGCCGGUUCCGCAGCCGGGCCCCGCGGCGCUGACCGCGGGUCUCUCCGCAGGGGACAUGCACGAUUUCUUCGUGGGGCUCAUGGGCAAGCGGGCGACGGAACACGGGAGACCGGCUGGGCGUGGAAGCAGCGACCCAUCCCCUCGAUGGUCCCCGGGGCUCCCCUCGCCCGGUGUGGGAGCGGCGUGAGCCGCGGGCAAAGCCCACGGGGCACCGGCGUGGAUCGUGCCCUCUGCCCCUCCCGGGCUGAAGUACCGGCUACAGCAGCUGCGAUACCGGCUGCGGGGGCCUCUGCGGAGCCGUCGUGGGAGCCGCCAGGGCUGGAGCCGCUCUUGCUGCUGUCCCGCUCCACUCACGCGUGUCCGUGCCCGCCCGUGUACAUCUCCCCGUAUAGGUAUCCCCGAAACACCCACCCGUGCCUGUGCGGGACACGCGUC